CAGACAGACAGACAGACAGACACAAACAGGUCUGUUGUAUACACAGCUGAUCAGUUUGCCUUUAGUUUGAGUAUUAACGCUGCAGUACAUUAGCUCAUUGUGACAGAUUCACUACUCAUCACGGUCAAACUCACAGCCAUCGUGGACCGAGAAACCCAGAUGAAGUGUAAACGUCUCGGACCUGGUUGUAUCUGCAGAACAUCUUCAUCUAACAAUAUGUCUGCACCUUGUAUGGACACGUGUGACCAGAGCUCACUUAGUCCUGCAUGAUGAUUCCUACUGAGCACAGUGGCUUCAAACAUGGCGGAGUUGGAUGGUGGGGAACUCUGUGUGAGUCGAACACAGAGCAGCAUGGCUAACAAUAAGAACAGCAACCUCCGCUGCACGUUCUCAGCUCCGAGUCACAGUAGCUCACUUCUGAGGGGACUUUCUGCUCUGCGAGACCAAGGCCAGUUGCUGGAUGUAGAACUCGCCGUCAACAACGAAUGCUUCCGGGUGCACAAAGCCGUGCUGGCAUCCUGCAGUGACUACUUCAGAGCCAUGUUCACUGGCGGGAUGAAAGAGUCAAACCAGGCCACGAUUGAGCUCAAGGGUUUGUCGGCACGUGGCCUAAAGCACAUCAUCGAUUUUGCCUAUAGCUCCGAGGUCACGCUCGACCUCGACUGCAUCCAGGAUGUGCUUGGGGCAGCUGUCUUUCUUCAGAUGGUGCCGGUCGUGGAGCUCUGUGAAGAGUUCCUGAAAUCAGCCAUGAGCGUCGAGACUUGUUUGAACAUUGGUCAGAUGGCUGCCACGUUUAGCUUGUCUUCUUUGAAAGAAUCUGUGGACGCGUUCACGUUCCGCCACUUCCUGCAGAUUGCCGAAGAGGAGGACUUCCUGCAUAUUCCCAUGGAGCGCCUGGUGUUUUUCCUCCAGAGCAACAAACUGAAGGGAUGCAGUGAGAUCGAUUUGUUCCACGCUGCAAUCCGCUGGCUUCGGCACGAUGAUUCGCGCCGUCCCACGGCGAAUGAGGUGCUGCGGCAUGUACGAUUCCCUCUCAUGCGCUCCUCCGAGCUGGUGGACCGUGUGCAGACUGUAGACAUCAUGGUGGAGGAUGUAUUGUGCAGGCAGUACCUGCUUGAGGCCUUUAAUUAUCAGAUACUUCCUUUCCGCCAGCACGAGAUGCAGUCUCCUCGCACCGUCAUUCGGUCAGACAUUGUCUCGCUCAUUGCUUUCGGAGGCACGCCAUACACUGACAAUGACCGUACAGUGAGCUCUAAGGUGUACUGCUUAGCUGAUAGCACAGCCAGGCAGUUCAAAGAGCUGACCAACAUGGAGACAGGCUGCAGCCACGCAUGCGUGUCUGUUCUUGAUAAUUUUGUUUACGUGGUUGGCGGCCAACACUUACAGUACCGCAGCGGCGAAGGUGCCGUCGACGUCUGUUUCCGAUACGACCCCCAUCUCAACCAGUGGCUGCGCAUCAGGCCGAUGCAGGAGAGCCGCAUUCAGUUCCAACUGAGUGUACUGCAAGGACAGCUGUAUGCCACCGGGGGGCGCAACAGAUCCGGCAGCCUUUCAUCCGUCGAAUGUUACUGUCCCAAGAAAAACGAAUGGGCAUAUGUGGAUUCGCUAAAAAGAAGCGUAUGGGGUCACGCAGGGGCAACAUGCAGAGAUAAACUUUAUAUCUCUGGGGGAUACGGGGUUUCCGUAGAGGAUAAAAAAUCUCUUCAUUGCUUCGAUCCUGCUACAAACCAGUGGGACUUCAAAUGCCCAAUGAACGAGCCACGAGUGCUGCAUGCCAUGAUCAGUGUAAACGAGCGGGUCUAUGCUCUUGGAGGAAGAAUGGACCACGUGGACCGCUGCUUUGACGUUCUAGCGGUGGAAUAUUACGUUCCAGAGACGGACCAGUGGACGUCGGUUAGUCCGAUGCGCGCAGGCCAGUCUGAGGCAGGCUGUUGCUUAUUGGACAGAAAGAUUUACGUUGUCGGAGGAUACAACUGGCAUCUGAAUAACGUCACAAGCAUUGUCCAAGUCUACAACACUGAGAUGGACGAGUGGGAGAGAGAUCUGCACUUUCCAGAAUCCUUUGCUGGAAUCGGUUGUACACCAAUUAUACUGCCUCAAUCUGCCACACAGAGGUGACUCGCUUAUCUGGAAAAUGUGAGGUGACCUUACAUGAGGUUUUUUUUUGAAACUCAGAUCCUUCAAUUAGCUUCAUUUCGGUCGGUCGCAUUUAAGUUGAAAUCUGUUCAGUGAUCUAAACCUGGUAAGAGAGCUGAUCUCAGGAUUCUAGUCUUCUUACAUUCUGCUUAUGUAUGUCAUUUUUAUUGUUUUUUGCAAUUACUUCUUGGCCUAUGCACAUCAGCCCUUGAUUUGAAAGCCUGACACUUGUCUCGUCAAUCUUUGAUGGGAUAAAACAGGCAGCUUACUAUUAAAAAAAAGAUGAAUCAUUUGUCACUAAACUGAUGUUUUUCUGGAACAUUCUGAACCACUAGGAGUACAGAAUGGUUUUGAGAGGAGGACUGAGAGAGGAUUCUAUGAUAACACAGGAUUGCUAGGUCUGAAUUUUUGACCAACAUAAUGUUUUGCACACAUGUCGAUAGCACACGUAACACUGUCCAUUGUUCCAGUCCCAGAACUUUCUCUCUCUGCACAUCAGUGAAUCAUCACUAGUCUGUAUGCAGUGUUUGGGUUUUUUUGUUUUGUUUUGUUUUUUAAUUAUAAGAACUAAUUAAGUGCUAAAGAAACACCAUUUCUUUAAAAAUGUAUUGUUAAUUAAAUUUCAGUGGGAUGUGUUGCCAUCUCACAGCCCCACGUUCCCUGGUUCGAUCCUGAGCUCGGGUUAAUGUCCGUGCAGCAUUGUGUACGUCUUGAAUGGGUUUUUUCUUCCAGGUUCUCUGGUUUCCUCCCACUACCUAAAUCAGCUGAUGUGCUGUCUUCUUACUGAAGAUUAACAAAUGACAUUAUUGAGUUUAAGUCAGUUUAGGGUUGUUUUUUAUUUAUUUAUUUUUUUGGGUUGCCUUUGUAAAAAUAGACAACUCUGGCAACCCUGUCAGACAGAGCACACACAAACAAGGAACAGUGGUUUAUUAUGAUUUAUUUCAUGACAGGAAAUUUGAAUUAGGAAGUAAACUUUCUCUUUCUCUUUGCAGCGAUGCAAGAAAUAUGUAAUUUAUUUAAAAGCUUUUUUUUGUUGUUAAUGUUGUUGCUAGAAAUGCUCAAUUUGGUAGCAGCUUUUUUCUAAACAUUUGUGAUUUUGAGGGUGUUUUUUUUUUUUUGGCAGAAAACUACUUGGAUUGGUGAAAUUGCAAGCACAGGAUUCUUCUUUUAAACUCACACACACAUGUAAUUCAUUUGUAUGAUCUCAGAAUUAAAAGGGGGAUUUGGUUGAAAACGUCACACAGCACUUCUUGCCGAAAUCCUGCACUAAUUUAAAAUCGUCAUAAGAUCUCAGACAUUCGGAGGGACGAAAAAAAAGAUGCUGUGUUCUCUGUUGGAAAUAUCCCGCUGACUUCAGGCCUUGCGUGGCCCUUUAUUAAGACAGUUGACCUACACCAUGCACCUUCAUGGACUGUUUAUCCAGAUGCUGAUGUAGAAAGAGAAGCGUUUCCUGUUCUUUCUGCAACGGCAUAUAUGGUGGUUUUUUUAGACAAGACUCAUGAACACACAAAUUUAAAUAUGUUCCUUUUCUGCUACACGUACAUUUAAUUUACUUCUAUAAUUGAUGUAGUUUGUCUUAAUGCACUAAGCACAGAAGACUCCUAAGCGAUGACAUUUGAAUUCAUUCUUCAAGAACAUCCAGUUCCUAGGUGCGAUUACAUGACAAUGUAUUUCUCCUUGACGGUCUUUUGUAACCUCUUACAAAGUCAUUAAGCACACCAGAUUCUUUUCCUAAUGCACUUUAUACUGAAGCGAACACAGCCCUGCAAAAUCCAAGUGCCGACCGCUUUUGUUACCGUCACUGUGAUUUUUAUAUCUUAACAGAGAACGUUAACGUAACGGAUUAACUCAAGGUCUCGCCGUAGCGGUAGCACUGAGCGUCCUGACUUCUGAAAACAAGAAACAAAAUCAUGUUGUGUUGUGAGGACUGAGUAAGACCGAACCAGCAUGUUGUUUCCCUCUUUAUUUGAAUGUAUAACGAUCACCACAGUCUCAAGUACUGCAACAACACCACCACUUUACUGCUGCACAGACGUAUUUUCUAGCUUCUGUUUGUCCUAUAAGAUUUGUAUCAGAUCGAUGUAUCAGAUUUGUAUGGUCCAGCAUGCGUAAUUUGUACACAAUUUGCCGUCAUUGGUUUCUAAUCUUUUAUUUUUUUAUUUAUUAUGAAUAGACUUGCAAGCGAUUGUUCAACACAUGGCUCAAGAUUCACAGACAAGCGCCUCCACGAUUGAUAAACCACACCAAAUGUUUGCAGGCAAUCCAAGCAGACAGAUUGAAGUUCAAGGAAAUGUGCAAAGUGAAUUUAAUAUAAUGAAAGUGGUUAAUAUAAUGAAAUAGACUUUUAUUCCACUAAGCACUUUUUGAUUUCUUUCUGCUGGUGUGUUAUUGCAUUAUUAUUAUUAUUAUUAUUAUUAUUAUUAUUAUUGUCAUCAUCAUCAUCAUAGUGUUACAUUAGCAAUAUUCCAGUAAAGUAAAAUACCAGUUUUCAUCUUAAAUGCCCUUUAUAAUACCCAAAUAUAACUAAUUCUGGAUUUUCAGAAAAUUGCUGGAUUUGAUCUAAUCAUGACCGAAUUAUUUGAAUGAAUUCCAAUUCAAGAAUCGGUUUCUUUGAAUGUAGAACAGUUUCAAACCUGUUGAUCAAUGAAUACAAGAUGAGGUUUUUUUUUUUCUUUAACCAACUAUCAAGGAAAAGAAUAUAACCAUCACUGGAAAUCAUACUGGAAAUUCAGCUCAAAUCAUUCCUGUUCAUGACAACUUUUUUCAUCACCAUGCAUUUUUCUUUCCUUCUCUUAGAUCAAUUGAAUCCAUCUGCUUCUCUCUUGUAAACGUGUAUCAAUCUGUUUAUCUUAUGUUGGGAAUGUCCUUAUUGUACUUACCCCAGUAUACUCUCUCUUUUAUAGGAACGUGUGUACACCUGCUUGUUCGUGUAGAGGCCGCACAAUGCAUGAAAAUGAGAGGAAAUUCCAAUCUUGUGAAUUAAGAAGCGAUGAGAUGAGAUGUAUUUUUAUUAAUCCUUCUAUUAAUAAGGAAAAGGAGUAAAAAAAAAAAAACUGUCAAGAAAUAGCACCAAUGAAAAAAUAACUUUACGUGAUGUCAUGACUUGAUUAUGUCAUGACUUGAUGAGGUCGUCUCCUGCUGUUUCAGCACAUCUGCAGCACAGAAUUCAAAAUGUACAUCCUGAAGUGCUUUUCUGCUCAGCACGGUUGUACAGACUUGUUAUUUGAGUCACUGUAAACUUCCUGCCAGCUCAAAACAGUCUGGGCUUUCUGAUCAGACGUCAAGGUGUUUCCACGCACAGACCAGAUGCCUUUUUUAUUUAGUUAUUUUUUUUUUGUAGUCACCUGAGUUCACGUUUUAUCCACGAUCUGAUGUUUUAUCCGAACACUUACAGAAGCUCUGUUACACUGCUGCCACGUGAUUGGCUGAUUCUCAUAACCGAAGGCGCACUGAAGGUGUACAUACGGGCCUAAUAAUUUGGUCACAAAUUGAGUGUUCUCCAGAGCUCGUGCUGCCGUAUUCUGUCCUAAACGUCAUCUCAGGCUUUCCGAUUCUUUCUCAACACUUCUAGUAGCGAUCGAUUGCUAUUUUGUAUUAAAAACAAAGAAUGUUUGUAAAAAUGCACGGAUAUCGUUCUUUAUUUUUCCACCCUUAUUUCUGUGUACAUCCAGUAUUGCUACGUUCAUCGAAAGAAAUCGGCAUGACGUGUAUAAAGCUUCGUGUUUCUGUAUUAACGUCAUGUCAUUUGCAGUGAAAGAUCAGCUACUCUCGUGUUGGCUUAAGCUGCCGAAUGUGUCGCCUCUCUGUAGCACUUUUUUUUUUAUUACGAUUCUUACUCCUGUUCUCGUGUUAUAUUUUCUUUCUUUGUGUCCCGAUUUACAAUGUCUUUUACUAAUAACAUUAUUCAUUAAAUAAAACAGGAAAUUGACAGAUUUGUGCUUUACUCCUCAUCUUACUGUGUCAUUCUAACCAGCUGUAGCAAAUCUCAGAAUGAUGAACCGCAGUUCCCUGAUUUUCAGAUUUUGAUGCUCCGCUAUAGACACAGUUUCUAAUGUUUAAAAGUAUUUCUACCCGUAUUUCUAAUAAUAGUUUAACAUAAAAAAAAGACACGGUUUACAUGAACUAUUAUUAGCGGCGUUACUACACAGCGGAUUUGUCUUAUUUCUCAUUUCGGCUUCUGUUUAGAUUUUUCUGGCCUAGAUUUUUCUGGCUCAGUACUGAGAUGGAACAGAAAUAGCACAACUUAGCUGCUAAGCUACGUCAAUUCAAUAAA